AUGUAUAGCAACACAGAUGACUUGUCGUAUGGUAAGAGAUCAGAACAAAGUUCGUCUUUUGCCUGUAAACCUGUAUCGGCCUGCUUGGCAAGUAAUGCAGUAGACAGAGACAUCAGUACUUGUAUGAGGACUGAAUACAUCGGUCUUCACUCAACAUAUAAAACAGUGUGGUGGUAUGUGAAUCUGGGAGAUGUGUACAGUGUGUACAGCAUCAGGGUUUUGUUUAGGACUUACGAGAAACAAUAUGAAAAAAGGCAAAAAGGGCGUUUUGCGGGGUUUUCUCUAUAUCUUUCGAAUACUGCCAACAAACAAGAGGGUCACUUGUGUUAUAAAGACGGGCCACAGUUACCUCCCCUUGACUUCGCAACAACCUGUUAUGGACAUGGCUCUUAUGUUAUAUUUUACAACGAACGAUUGGAUGGGACUGUUUAUCCCACAGGAUAUGAGAAGUUGAUUAUAACGGAAUUAUGUGAAGUGGUAGUAAAAGGUUAG